AGUAGGCUGAUCCACACCAGUGGACUUCAAAUAUGCUUUGGGUUGCUGUAUGUCAAAGGACAGCAAGAAUCACUUGAUGAUUAGUUUGUCAGCAUAAUGGCAUCUGUAAAUAGAACCAGUGAAAUAAUUAAAAAACUUAAAGCAGACAGACGUCUCCUGGAGGAGAUAAACGAAAGGCGUGAAUCCAACUGCUUGGUGGAAAGAAGCAAUCAAGUCAGCUUAUUGAGAGUUCAGAAGAGGCAUUUCAAUGGGGCCUACACAUCCCUUACUCAUGCCCAAAUCCAAGAACCUGUUCCCGACAGUGGCAGGAGCUCCUGGGUCAAACUGAGUCUCCUUGUUCACGAGGAGAAAAGGCAUUUUCCACCAAAAAAUAAUGCCAUAUUUGGAUAAAGUGCAUCUACAGAGACACAUAGAAAUACAAUCUCUUUGAUCCUUCUUCAAUGUCUGUCUAAAUUAUUUAAAAUAUUAAUUAUAAAAGAAGCCAAAGAAAACUAUUCAUUUAGAUCACCAAGAAAAUGUUGUCACAUAAAACAUAUUACAUCUUCAUUCCAUUUCAUCAUUUAGACUUAAAUGUUUUGAAGGGAAGAUUUGAGUUAUUAAAGAUACUUUCA